UAUAUACCUGAAUUCAUGAGCUUUGUAGAUUUGGUAAUCUUACUUAUUUUUCCCUUUUCUCCUUGUGACCCUUCAUUCCUUCACAUCACCCCUUCAUCCCGCCUUCAGCAACUAGAGAUGCUGGGCUCAGCUCCUGGCAAGGAUGAACCAGAUUCCAAAGGUGCAUCUCCAUGGAAGUCUGUUCGCUUGGCUGUUCAAACAACUGCCAACUUUAAUACUAUUAAGGAGCUGAACAACCGCUGGAGGUCCUUACAGCAGCUGGCUGAAGACAGAAGCAACAUGCUGGGUAGUGCUCAUGAGGUGCAGAGGUUCCACAGGGAUGCAGAUGAGACUAAGGAAUGGAUUGAAGAGAAGAACCAAGCCCUGAACACUGAUAACUACGGCCAUGAUCUCGCCAGCGUGCAGGCUCUGCAGCGUAAGCACGAAGGCUUUGAGAGAGAUCUGGCCGCUCUAGGAGACAAGGUGAACUCUCUUGGUGAGACUGCAGAGCGUCUGAUUCAAUCUCAUCCUGAGGCUGUGGACGACAUCCAAGAGAAGUGCACCGAGUUGAACACAGCCUGGAGCAGCCUGGUGGGUCGUGCUGACCAACGCAAAGAAAAAUUGGGCAACUCUCACGACCUGCAGCGCUUCCUUAGUGACUACAGAGAUCUCAUGUCUUGGAUCAAUGGAAUCAGAGGGCUGGUGUCUUCAGAUGAGAUGGCCAAGGACGUCACUGGAGCUGAAGCCCUGUUGGAGAGACAUCAGGAACAUCGCACUGAGAUAGAUGCUCGUGCAGGCACGUUCCAGGCAUUUGAGCAAUUUGGACAGCAGCUGCUUGCCCGUGGCCACUACGCCAGCCCUGAAAUCCAACAGAAGCUGGAGGCUCUUGAACAGGAACGUGCUGACCUGGAGAAGGCCUGGGUCCAGCGCAGGAUGAUGCUGGACCAGUGCCUGGAGCUUCAGCUAUUCAACCGUGACUGUGAGCAGGCUGAGAACUGGAUGGCAGCUCGCGAGGCCUUCUUGGCCAGCGAUGACAAGGGGGAUUCCCUGGACAGCGUGGAGGCUCUCAUCAAGAAACAUGAAGACUUUGAUAAGGCUAUCAAUGUGCAGGAAGAGAAAAUUGCAGCACUGCAGUCUUUUGCUGACCAGCUUAUUAGCGCUGACCACUAUGCCAAACCCGAGAUCUUUAACCGCCGUAAUGAGGUCUUAGACAGGUGGCGCCGUCUCAAGGCUCAAAUGAUUGAGAAACGCUCUAAGCUGGGUGAGUCCCAGACUCUGCAGCAGUUCAGCAGAGAUGUGGAUGAAAUUGAAGCAUGGAUCAGUGAGAAACUCCAAACCGCCACCGACGAGUCUUACAAGGACCCCACCAAUAUCCAGCUGUCCAAGCUGCUGAGCAAGCACCAGAAGCACCAGGCUUUUGAGGCCGAGUUACACGCUAAUGCUGAUCGUAUCCGUGGGGUGAUUGACACGGGCAAUGCUCUCAUCCAGAGAGGUGCCUGUGCUGGAAGUGAGGAUGCUGUAAAGGCUCGUCUUAAUGCUCUGGAUGAGCAGUGGCAGUUCCUUGUCAACAAAUCUGCUGAGAAGAGCCAAAAACUGAAGGAGGCAAACAAGCAGCAGAACUUCAACACUGGCAUUAAGGACUUUGACUUCUGGUUGUCUGAGGUUGAGGCUCUUCUUGCCUCUGAGGAUUAUGGCAAAGAUCUGGCCUCGGUCAACAAUCUGCUUAAGAAGCACCAGCUUUUGGAGGCUGACAUCUCUGCUCAUGAGGAUCGUCUGAAGGAUCUUAAUGGCCAGGCUGACAGUCUGAUGGCCAGCAAUGCCUUCGACACCUCUCUGGUUAAGGAUAAGCGUGAUGCCGUUAACGGACGCUUUAGCAAAAUCAAGAGCAUGGCUGCUGGGCGCCGUGCCAAGCUGAAUGAGUCGCAUCGUCUGCAUCAGUUCUUCAGGGAUCUGGACGAUGAAGAAUCUUGGAUCAAGGAAAAGAAGUUGUUGGUGAGCUCGGAGGACUACGGACGUGAUUUGACAGGAGUACAGAAUCUGAGGAAGAAACACAAGAGGCUGGAGGCUGAGCUUGGAGCACACGAGCCGGCUAUUCAGUCUGUGUUGGAAACUGGGAAGAAGCUGUCUGACGACAACACUAUUGGACAGGAAGAGAUCCAGCAGAGGCUGGCCCAGUUUGUGGAGCACUGGAGGGAACUGAAAGAUCUGGCUGCUGCUCGUGGACAGAGACUUGAGGAGUCGCUGGAAUACCAGCAGUUUGUGGCAAAUGUGGAGGAAGAGGAAGCUUGGAUUAAUGAGAAACUGAACCUGGUUGGAAGUGAGGAUUACGGUGAUACUCUGGCAGCUGUGCAGGGCUUGCUGAAGAAACACGAAGCUUUUGAAACAGAUUUUACGGUGCACAGGGACAGAGUGAAUGAUGUGUGUUCCAAUGGAGAUGAACUUAUCAGAAAGGAGAACCACAAUGUGGAGAACAUCAUGGCUAAAAUGAAAGCCCUGCGUGGGAAGGUGUUGGAACUGGAGAGCGCUGCAGCUCAGAGGAAGUCUAAGCUGGAUGAGAACUCUGCCUUCCUUCAGUUCAACUGGAAGGCUGAUGUGGUGGAGUCCUGGAUUGGUGAGAAGGAGAACAGCCUGAAGACUGAUGACUAUGGUCGUGAUCUGUCCUCGGUGCAGACUCUUCUCACUAAACAGGAAACCUUUGAUGCUGGGCUUCAGGCCUUCCAGCAGGAAGGCAUCACCAACAUCACAGCCCUGAAAGACCAGCUGUUGGCAGCCAAACACGUGCAAUCCAAGGCCAUUGAAGCUCGUCAUGCUACCCUGAUGAAGCGCUGGAACCAGCUGCUGUCUAACUCCGCUGCCCGCAAGAAGAAGCUUCUGGAAGCCCAGGAGCACUUCAGAAAGGUUGAGGAUCUCUUCCUCACCUUUGCCAAGAAGGCUUCAGCCUUCAACAGCUGGUUUGAGAACGCUGAAGAAGAUCUGACAGACCCUGUGAGGUGCAACUCUCUGGAGGAGAUCAGAGCCCUGCGGGAGGCCCAUGAUGCCUUCCGCUCCUCGCUCAGCUCCGCAGAGGCCGACUUCAGCCAACUUGCAGAACUUGAUCGCCAGAUCAAGAGUUACCAUAUGGUCUCCAAUCCAUACACUUGGUUCACCAUGGAGGCUCUAGAGGAGACCUGGAGGAACCUUCAAAAGAUCAUCAAGGAGCGAGAGCUGGAGCUACAGAAGGAGCAGAGGAGACAGGAAGAGAACGAUAAACUCAGACAAGAGUUUGCCCAACAUGCCAAUGCUUUCCACCAGUGGCUGCAGGAGACCAGGACAUACCUUCUGGAUGGCAUAGCCUAUCGGAGGGUAGUCCGGGUCUUUCAGUAUGAAGUCGAUGAUGAUCUUUCUGGAAGGUCCUGCAUGGUGGAAGAAUCCGGAACUCUAGAGUCCCAGCUAGAGGCCACUAAGCGCAAGCACCAGGAGAUUCGUGCCAUGCGCAGUCAGCUGAAGAAGAUAGAAGAUCUGGGAGCAGCCAUGGAGGAGGCGCUGAUCCUGGACAAUAAAUACACAGAACACAGCACCGUGGGUCUGGCCCAACAGUGGGACCAACUCGACCAGCUGGGCAUGAGAAUGCAACACAACCUGGAACAACAGAUCCAAGCCAGAAACACUACAGGAGUAACAGAAGAUGCCCUGAAGGAAUUCAGCAUGAUGUUCAAGCACUUCGACAAAGAAAAAUCUGGCCGUCUCAAUCACCAAGAGUUCAAGUCCUGCCUGCGGUCACUGGGCUACGACCUGCCCAUGGUUGAAGAAGGAGAACCAGACCCCGAGUUUGAGUCCAUCCUCGAUAUAGUGGAUCCAAACAGGGAUGGAAACGUGUCCUUGCAGGAGUACAUGGCCUUCAUGAUCAGCCGAGAAACAGAGAACGUGAAGUCAAGCGAGGAGAUCGAAAGCGCUUUCCGUGCUCUCAGUGCCGAGAACAAACCUUACGUCACCAAGGAAGAACUCUACCAGAACCUGACGAAGGAACAGGCAGACUACUGCAUUUCCCAUAUGAAACCCUACAUGGACAGCAAGGGCCGCGAGAUCCCGUCAGCUUUCGACUUUGUGGAAUUCACCCGCUCGCUCUUUGUCAACUGAUUCCCCGCAUCCUGCCAGUGACCAAUCGGGAUGCGUUUUCCCCCCUUCACAAGAACACACAGCCUAACUGCAUGGAUCUGAAUUGAAAUGCUCUAUAACAAUAUCUGUAUCUUGCUAUUGCUCUUAACUCUCCUAAAUUACUGCGUAUUUAUCUGACACUUCUUCAUGCUUCACUAACAAUAGUGUAGUGGAUCUGUCUACAUUUUAUUGUGGUUGUUUUAGCUGUUAAGUGCUUUGCUUUGUUUAACUAACCUAUAGAGAGGAUAUGCUGUAACAUCACCCACAAGACUGCAGUGUGCUUAAAUAAACGCUACUGGUUAUAACUGGAA